UUCUCUACAAACCUGGAGAGCACCAACCAGUGCAAAGUAAAUAGUGUUAACUAUCCAGUUAGUGAAAUAUCUCUGACAAUAUUGAUCUAUGAAUUUGAGGAAUUUGAGAAUGAUAUUUAUGGUACUCUUACUUCAAUAUCAAAAAAAUUACCUCAUCAAGUUACAUUUGUUGUCACUAAAAAGUUACCUUAUCCUCCAUUAAACAUUCCUGAUGAAAAUAUAAUUGUUCAAGAGCAGCCAGCUGGCAGUCCUAAAGAAUGGGGUGAACCAUCGCUCUAUAUAAAGACAAAGUAUGUACUGAUUUUACCUGAUGCUACACGAAUAGGAAAUGCUAAAAAACUGGAUAAUAUUAUCAAGGAUAUUUUGGAGAGAGGAGAUAAUCCAAAGAUUCUAGCUUUUCCUCUUGAUAGACAAUCAAAGUGUGCACAACUUACCGCUGAUUUGAGAAAAUGGACACUUUCAUUUGAAGACAUACCACAUAAUCGUGUUUGUGAUGCUUUAACAGGCUCUUCUAAAAUUGCAUUGCUCCUAUCAACUUUUUACUUUAUGAAACUAAGUGAACCAUUUCUUAGGCCUUUUCCUCAAGCACUGUUCAUACAAUUUGCUGUUAGAGGAUGGAAAACACUUGUUAUAAGAGAAGACAUUUUCAAAAUUGGCAAAGAUUUAUUCAGCAAUCCACAUCAAAGAUGGAAAUAUGAACAAAAGAAAGAAGAAAGAUUAUUGUAUUCCUAUAAAAGACUUGGUGUGAAACUUGUAUCUCAUAAUGGUGUUGAAAAGUGGUAUGGCUGUAGGAAGGAAACGUCGCGUUGUUUUGGAACUGUUGUUGAUGAUAUGCCAGAAUAUAUUUACAAUGGACAAUGGACACCACCUUGUUGUAUGAGACAUUUAAAGGAAACGAUGCGUUAUGUUUUUAAAAUUUUUAACGAAUGUGGCAUUAGCUAUUGGCUGGAGGGUGGUAGCUUGCUUGGUGCUGUACGUAGUAAAGAUAUAAUACCAUGGGACUAUGAUGUUGAUGUUGGUAUUUAUAAACAUGAUGUUAUCAAGUGUAAGCAACUCCAGAAAAUUGAAGAAUCAUCUCAUAAGAAAUACUUAGACAAUGAAGGUUUUCUUUGGGAGAAAGCCAACGAAGGAGAAUUUUACAGAGUUCAGUUUAGCGAUAUGAAUCAUUUGCAUGUUGAUAUUUUUCCAUUUUAUGAAAGAAAUGGUACUAUGACCAAGGAUACUUGGUUUGAAACACAUCGUCAAGAUGCCGAAUUUCCUGCACAUUUUCUAAAACCUUUGGAAACUUUAGAAUUUGCAGGUAUUCAAGCUUCAGUACCGAAUAAUUAUCGUGAAUUUUUGGAAAUGAAGUUUGGAAAAGGUGUUAUAGAAAAUCCACAGUUUCCAAAUCCUAAUAAAAUCAAAGUGAGAAGAAAAAAGAAAAAGUUGAACACACAAAGAAAAACGUCGUUCGUUGUAUUAAGAUAUGCUAGAACAGUUUCAGUGAAUGAAAGAUUAUGGUAUCUAUGUAAUUUUUAUGUAAAUAUUCAUUCCAUUUCCACCAUUGUCUUUCACGUCAAUGAUUUUGCAUUUGAUGCAGUGGUUGAACAUCUUGAUAAAACAGGCCCAACGCUUGCUUGAAUUCGUUCAAUUCUCUUUCAAGAUUUGCUGAAAAUGUAAAAAAUGAUGACAAAAUCUGUUUGUAUGAAGAAAAA